GGCCGGUGCCGGGGUGGCCCCCGGAGGAGGUGCAGAGUGCUAGGCGGGCGGCGGCGGCCGGGGAGGCCCGGGAGGCCGCGGCGCGGUCACUGCGAGCCGAGCCGAGCCGUGCCGUGCCAGUCGCCAUCCGGCUCCGGCUCUCGCACGAUCCCAGCCGGCGGCGCGGUGCGGUGAGCCGGCGCCGCUGCAGCCCAUGGAGCUCGAGAACAUCGUAGCGAACACGGUGCUACUCAAGGCCCGGGAAGGGGGAAGCAACUGAGGCUGACCUUGUUGCCAAAAUGGACUCACUGCCCCCCUUGGCUUUCUCAGCCCCUACUAGGAGAGCCCAGAAGGACCCUAUGUGUCCUGGAACCAAGCAAGAGCAUGCUGGAGCAUGUCAAGGAAGGCCCAAGGUGGAGGUGGAAAUCGCAAAGGCAAGAGCAAGAAAUGGCGGCAGAUGCUUCAGUUCCCCCACAUCAGCCAGUGUGAAGAGCUGCGGCUCAGCCUCGAGCGUGACUACCACAGUCUGUGUGAGCGGCAGCCCAUCGGGCGCCUGCUGUUCCGGGAGUUCUGUGCCACGAGGCCUGAGCUGACACGCUGCACCGCCUUCCUGGAUGGGGUGGCUGAGUAUGAGGUGACCCCUGAUGAGAAGCGGAAGGCAUGUGGGCAGCGGCUAAUGCAGACUUUUCUGAGCCACACGGGUCCAGACCUCAUCCCUGAGGUCCCCCUGCAGUUGGUGACUAACUGUGCCCAGCGGCUGGAGGAGGGGCCCUGUAAAGACCUCUUCCAGGAGUUGACCCGGUUGACCCAUGAGUACCUUAGCAUGGCCCCUUUUGCUGACUACCUCGACAGCAUCUACUUCAACCGUUUCCUGCAGUGGAAAUGGCUGGAAAGGCAGCCAGUAACAAAGAACACCUUCAGGCAGUACCGAGUCCUUGGCAAAGGUGGCUUUGGGGAGGUGUGCGCCUGCCAGGUGCGGGCAACAGGCAAGAUGUAUGCCUGCAAGAAGCUGGAGAAGAAACGCAUCAAGAAGAGGAAAGGGGAGGCCAUGGCUCUGAAUGAGAAGCAGAUCCUGGAGAAAGUGAACAGUAGGUUUGUAGUGAGCUUAGCCUAUGCCUACGAGACCAAGGAUGCACUGUGCCUAGUGCUGACGCUGAUGAAUGGAGGUGACCUCAAGUUCCACAUCUACCACAUGGGCCAGGCUGGCUUCCCAGAAGCACGUGCCGUCUUCUAUGCUGCUGAGAUCUGCUGUGGGCUGGAGGACCUGCAUCGGGAGCGCAUCGUGUACAGGGACCUGAAGCCAGAGAACAUCCUUCUGGAUGACCAUGGCCAUAUCCGCAUCUCUGACCUGGGAUUGGCUGUGCAUGUGCCUGAGGGCCAGACCAUCAAAGGUCGUGUGGGCACCGUGGGCUACAUGGCUCCAGAGGUGGUAAAGAACGAGCGGUACACGUUCAGCCCUGAUUGGUGGGCGUUAGGCUGCCUCCUGUAUGAGAUGAUCGCAGGCCAGUCACCCUUCCAGCAGAGAAAGAAGAAGAUCAAGCGGGAGGAGGUGGAGCGGUUGGUGAAAGAGGUGCCUGAAGAAUACUCUGAGCGCUUUUCCCCGCAGGCCUGCUCGCUCUGUUCCCAGCUGCUCUGCAAGGACCCUGCGGAGCGCCUGGGGUGUCGUGGGAGCGGUGCCCAAGAGGUGAAGGAGCACCCUCUUUUCAAAAAGCUGAACUUCAAGCGGCUGGGAGCAGGCAUGCUAGAACCACCCUUUAAGCCUGAUCCCCAAGCUAUUUAUUGCAAGGAUGUUCUGGACAUUGAACAGUUCUCUACCGUUAAGGGCGUGGAGCUAGAGCCAACUGACCAGGACUUCUACCAGAAGUUUGCCACAGGCAGCGUGCCCAUCCCCUGGCAGAACGAGAUGGUAGAGACCGAGUGCUUCCAGGAGCUGAAUGUCUUUGGGCUGGAUGGCUCAGUUCCCCCAGAUCUAGACUGGAAGGGCCAGCCACCUGCACCACCCAAGAAGGGACUGCUGCAGAGAUUCUUCAGCCGUCAGGACUGCUGUGGGAACUGCAGCGACAGUGAGGAAGAGCUCCCCACCCGCCUCUAGUCCCCAGCCCGAGGCCCCCACCAGCGGUUGGCGGUAGCAGCUACUCCAAGUGCUGUUUACAGUUUUGCACAGUGGUCUUCCCCAUUGUCCACUCAAGUCGUGGCCUGGGGAACACAGCCGGAGCUGUCCCCAAUGUCCUCUGCCCCUCAGCCCUUGGCCUAGCUGAGUUUGGCAAAGCCUGGGCCGUCCCUGGGACAAGGUGCGUCCCUUCAGCUCUUCUGUGGGGCUCGGGGAUUUCUGUAUUUAUGUAUUUGUACGAAUGUAUAUAGCAACCAGAGCGUUCUUAAUUCCUAUCCCAGACCUGGCACUCCACCUCAGCCUCCGAGGCAGCCAGCCCUGGCUAGGAGAGCUAGGAGAUAGCAGAGGAGCCAUUGCCAAAGUCAAGCUUCUCAGGCCCCAUUCAGAAGGGGCAAUGCCGGAUCCCUAAACCCCAGCAUUGUGCUGGCCACCACCAACCUCCAAGUAAGGCUCACGCCUGCCCUUGGUGUCCUGGGCUCAGGCUGCACUGACUAGGGCCCAAUACUGUCCCUUACAGCAAUUGUCAAGAGUUGAAUCAGUGGGUUCUCUAUGCUGUAGGCCUGUGCCAAAGUGUGACCAGAGAUUGGACUGACCAGGAAGUCCCGUUAGUUCACUGCCCAAGCUGAUCCAUGCGGGUCUCCCUCUGCCUUCCAGUUCCCAGGUCACCUUGUCUCUUAUGCUGGGCCUUGAAGACACUUCUUUCAAAAAUGCUCCAGCCCAGGUCAUAGGAGAGGUAGGGGUAUCCCUGGACAGCUGUGGCCAACUUUCCAGAAUCCCCUCACCAAAACAGACAUGUGUGCCCAGCAAUAAUCCGCCCCUCCCUGUGUGUGCCCAUGGGAAUGUGUGGGUGUGGGUGUGUAACUGUGUAUGUGUGAAGGGUGUAGGGUAAGGCUGUGCCUGUGUCCUAGGCCCCAGCCCUGGCCCUUCCCUGACUGAUAGCCAUCCUGGUCCCAGUGUUAGGGUAGAAUGGGAUUACAGGAUCCUGGUUUUUCUGUAUUUAAAGCUGAUUUUUAUUACUCAGUUUUGUCCAGUGUAAGCUGCCACAUGUCUCUGUGUGAAUACAGUCCGAGCACAAACCUG